AUGGCGGUUUUGCGAGUUCGCAAGCACCAGUUCUUGGGCCUCCUGCUCCUCCUCAGCACAGAGGCGACCAGCAUCACCGCCCGCUCUCUGCCGGCUCUCCACCUCUCGAGCCGCGCGCUUCGUCCGCACAUCCAGCCACGCAGCCGGAAGCUGCUCUGCUGCCUGCCACGCGACCCGCUGACGCGGAUUGAGGAGACGGAGGGUGAGGCGAGGAUUGGCCACGGUGGCUGGUUCGCGCAGAAUGUGAUGCAGGGCGUGGCGGGCGGGCCGAGCACCUACGCGGUGAUGACGGUCUACUUUGGAGCGCUCGGCCUCGCUGCGUUGGCGCGCACCUACUUUCUCAAGGACCAGCUCGGCCUCUCUCCCGGCGAGCAGGCGGCUCUGAUGGGCGUCGUCUCGCUGCCGUGGGUGAUCAAGCCCGUGUACGGCUUCCUGACCGACGGGCUGCCCGUGUUCGGGUACCGCCGGAAGCCGUACCUCAUCCUCGCGGGCCUGCUCGGCUCCGCCUCAUGGGCCUCCCUCGCCACGGUCGUCGCGACGCCGGCGCAGGCGGCGGCGGCGACGAGGAAUCGACGAAGGGAGGGAGUCGAGGCUUAG